AUGUUACGAACCCUGACUAUUAACCUGUCGAAAUGCCGGCGUAUUAAAAAUGCUGAUUCAUUUAUUAGUAAAUAUGUAAGAUUUUCAUCAGGUACACCUAAAAUUAGUAGUGUUCAACCGGCAAAAUUAGUUAAUGCCAUGGAGGAUAAGUCAAUCUUUUUAUUACCUAAUAAUCAAAGAUUUGUUGAACUAGAUAGUUCACAAGCAUUUGAAAAUUUAACUAAGCAAGAAAAGCUUUAUGCACAUUAUUUAAGUCAGGCCGCAUGGAAUGGUGGGCUUAUUGUACUCGUACAAACUAGUCCUGAAUCACCAAGGAUAUUUUCUUUGUUACAUAGAAUAUUUCUAGCUGAAACCUUAGAUGAACUUAAAAGUUCUGCAAGUGCAGCAGGAGUACCAGAAGAUGAUUUUCAGGCAUUUUUAGUUUAUGCUGGAGGUUUCUUUGCCAAUAGUGGAAAUUAUAAAGGAUUUGGAGAUACAAAAUUCAUUCCCAACUUAUCUAAGGAGUCUUUUGAAUUAAUUGUUAAAGCAUCAAAGGCUUAUGAAAGUGAUGGAACACAUAUUACGAAACUGUGGGAGAAUACAAAGGAUGCUAUGUACAGCAUUGCACCAAGGCUAACUAGCCUGGGCUUAGCAGAUAAGGGUGUGACCACUUAUUUUUCAAGCAAUUGCACUGAAGCAGAUUCUAAUUUAGUAAAUGAUUGGAUGAAGACCAAACGCAUUGAAGCUUACAUCUGCCGAACAUUCAAAACAUUUGCUGAUGAUGGGUUGCCUCUAUACACAAUUCAUUUGGCAAGUGUAGAGAAAAGUGCCAAGCCACCGCUUACAAUGGAUAAAGAGAAGUAUAAGAAUGCAUAUUUCCAAGUGACACGCGGUGACUAUUCUCCUUUACUAUCUCUUGUGAAUGAGAGUAUGACCAAAGCCAUCGAGUAUGCUGCCAAUGAUAAUGAAAGAAAUAUGUUGAAGCACUAUGUAAACAGCUUUAAAGAAGGUGAUUUAAAUGAACAUAAAGAAGGUAGCAGAUAUUGGAUCAAGGAUAAAGGACCUAUUAUAGAGACAUAUCAAGGUUUCAUUGAAACAUACCGUGAUCCAAGUGGCCAGAGGGGUGAAUUUGAAGGCUUUGUAGCGAUGGUCAAUAAGGAGAUGUCAAAGAAAUUUGGCCAGCUGGUGGAAGGCGCUGAGCGCUUCAUACAACUAUUGCCGUGGGGGAAGGACCUAGAGAAAGAUACCUUCCUACGUCCGGACUUUACAUCUUUGGACGUUCUCACAUUCUCUGGCAGUGUUAUACCCGCUGGCAUUAAUAUACCUAAUUAUGACGAGAUCAGGCAAAAUGAAGGAUUCAAGAAUGUGUCACUCGGCAACGUCAUCCCCGCCGCCUACAAGGAGUCCGUCAUCCCGUUCCUCUCUGCAGAGGAUAAAGAACUGCUCGAGAAAUAUAGGGUGGCUGCUUUCGAGGUUCAAGUGGGUCUGCACGAGCUGCUCGGACACGGCAGCGGCAAGCUCCUGCGGCAGAACGCGGACGGCACGUUCAACUUUGACAAGGAAAAAGUUAAAAACCCCCUCACUGGCAAACCAAUAGAGUCGUGGUAUACCGAGGGCGAGACGUACGACAGCAAGUUCACGACACUGGGCUCCGCGUUCGAGGAGUGCCGCGCCGAGGCCGUCGGCCUCUAUCUCUCGCUGCAACCUGAGAUACUCAAAAUAUUCGGGUACGAGGGCGAGGAAGCUCAAAACGUGAUCUACGUGAACUGGCUGAGCCUGCUGUGGAACGGCGCCGCCAAGGCCACGGAGAUGUACCAACCCGCCAACAAGACUUGGUUACAGGCGCACGCGCGGGCGCGCUUCGUCCUCAUGCGGCUGCUGGAGCUGGAGGGCGGCGGCCUGCUCUCCGUGACGGAGACGGCGCCCGGCCGCGACCUGCGCCUCGCGCUCGACCGCACGCGCCUCGCCACCGACGGGAAGCGUAUCAUAGGUGAGUUCCUGGUUAAGCUGCAGACGCUGAAGGCGACGGGCGACGUGGCGGGCGCGGAGGCGCUGUUCGCGCGCUACAGCCGGCUGGAGGCGCCGUGGGCGCGCUGGCGGGACAUCGUCAUGCUGCACAAGCAGCCGCGCAACAUCUUCGUGCAGCCCAACACUGUGCUUAAAGACGACAGCGUGGAGCUGAAACGCUACCCGGCGAGCGCGGAGGGCAUGGUGGCGUCGUGGGUGCAGCGCUUCCCGUCGCCGCGCGCCGCUGACCUGCUCGAGCAGUUGGCCGAGACCGACCACAAAUACUUCAACGAACUGCAUCAACUUGUA